CUCAGUUAUUUUAUAAUGAAAUGUAGAUCCGUUAGAUUUGAUAAAUUAAAAAAGUUUACAAAAAAAAAAAAAGUUAACUUACAUGCAUUUUCAGAGCACAUUUUUGUGGUGGUCCAUACUGAAUUUUCCGGUCGGUGGUUAAGAGGUCGAAUCCUGGUGCAACCAUUAUUUCUUCUAAUUAAACAGCUGAAUCAACAACAAUUUCCUUGUCGGCCAGAGCCUUGCCAUGCGAUGUCGUUGCAGAACCCCAGACUUCGACAUUACAGAAGCAUGACAGCGAUCUGUUUCGUGUGUAAUCUACCGAUCCUCAGCCACCAGGUCGGCCUGGUGUGGCAAGGGGGGAAUGGAUGGGACGAUCUUAUGCGGGAACAGGUCGAGGAAUCCACCUUGAAACAACGCCUCGGAACCGGAAGGCGCGAUUCGGCGACACAGAUCACAAGCAUAUCCCCGCCAAACGAGCCGCAAGAACCUGCGACGAAUCAACGUCGACGACGAUCGAGCUUGGCACAAUUGACAGACAUUUUGCGCGAGUGGAGCGGGGGUGGCGCUGGAAAGAGCGAGCGGGGGAACAAGUUGUAUCGUCGUGAAACAUUGGGAGAUAUAGCGAAGUCUUUUCCGUGGUCCAGACAGACGACCACGGACGCGAGCCACCUGGAGAGACUGCGCAAGAGGAGGGAGAGCUCGGUGGACAGCGGGAUCAGAAGCCAAUCGUCCACGAAAUCGAGGAAGGAUUCAACGAUCACCGAGCUGAAAAAUGAUUUUGCCAGAUUAUGGGGAAAGAAGGAGACGCCUCAGCCGCAACCACCCCCUACCGUUAUUUCGCCCACCUAUCGAGGGUUCAGAGAGACCGAUUCGAGAGGAUCUCGACGCGGAUCAGGGGAGAGUGGAAGGGCGAAAAAUCAAGGGGAACGGAAGCAUAAUUGCCGUCACCACAGGCGCAGGCAAUCGCAGCAAUCGCAGCAAUCAAUGGACAGCGGUAGCGGUGUGAUGCCCGUGAAAUAUUACAGAAGCGAUCAAAGACCGAGCGCUUCGAGCACGGAUAGCGCGGCAAGCAAUGCUGUCAGAGAACAUUUGGAAGCCCGUAAUUCCAUGGAUAAAGGCGAACGAUCGAGUAGUAUCGAGGGCAAAACAUCCGUGACGACGAGUAGCGAAUCAAAAACGUCCACCACGACUACCACCACAACUGUGUCGUCGACGACCACCGCGGUGACCACGUCGACCACAGUGACGAUGGAGCCGAAAGCCGCGACCGUCGUCGACAGUAAAAAUUUAACCCUCGACUCGUCCAUCACCACCCCUACCAUCGUGAUGUCAUCAGUGACGCCACCAAGCGUCUCUCCAACUGUGGGUAGCAGCCUUCCACUUCCAGGAACCUCGACUUCCGGUAGCUCCAGUCCCGUUGGCUCGCCAAACGUCAACACACCGACCCACCCAUUGAUUAGCACCAGAAGAGACUCGACUACUCAGUGUUAUCAGAAGGGAAAGGAAGUAUCACCGAACAAGUUGUCGAGAUUGAUACGACAAUCGGCUGCCAUAGAUGAGUCGAUGCCACCAGCACGGCGACGAGGAAGCCAACCGACACUGUCACCGGAUACUGACGAAGGAGGACGAAGAGCUCGAAAAGACUCGCUGAGCCCCGAUUCCGCUUCGUAUCCGCGGCGCCGUGAUUCGAAGAGCCAUCUGAGUCCAGAUAGAGCAGUCGAUAAAAGGGACAUCAGUCCUAUCAGGGAGAGAUCUCAGCUGACGCGGCAGUCAAUGUCGAUGGCAGGACGGUCGCCACCUAGAUCACCGGACAGUUCUUCUUGUUCGUCAAGGGAUCCAAGUCCAUGUGCUCGUGCUCCAGGGAGUAUACCUCAUGCUCCUAUAGGAAGAAGACAAUCGACAACGGACGAGAUAUUUAUUGCUCGUGGCUUUAGACGACAGAGCACCACGGAAGAGACAAUAAGAUGUCGAAACUUUCGAAGACAGAGUUCUCAAAGUGAAAAACUGGUUCAGAGAUAUCAAGGACGAAGAGACAGUUCCACACAAAUCACCGAUGGAACAUUCGCUACCAUGUCUGUCGAGAUAUCGAACACGUUUUUCGACAGCAGCACUCAAACUGAACCAUCACCACUGUACGACAACAAUCACUACCAUGAGGAAUGUCUAAAAUGUAACAGCUGCGGCUUGAAUCUCACAGGACCCAAUCAGAAACGGGCUAGACGGUUCAAGAACCAAAUACUUUGCGAUCUUCACUUCGCUGACGUGGCGCUGAUGGAGUGCUCGGACUUCAUGCAGCAGUUGCGCAGCUUCAAACCACAAAGUUUAGGCUGCGCAGUUGCCCGAAGGAAGUCAUCGACCACCUUAAUCUUCCCCUUACCACCGCAAGCUUGUUCAGAUGAAUUCUGCAACGAGUUCCCUCACAACCUGAUACCGACACCUGGCUACUGGAUCGAGUGCUCCAGACAGCAGAUCACCUCUGACACGAUCUGGGAUGAGAGCGAGAGCGGAGAAGCGACCGACACAGAAUUGGCCGAGGUCCAGCAAGAGUCUGACACCGACGAAGUGCCCAGAAAGAAGACCACUAUCGAGGAACAAUGGGAGAAGAACCAAGGAUUCGAGUUGACCUCGGUCGAACAAGAGACGUACGAGAAAUAUUUCUAUGGGACUGAGCAUUGGAAUUAUUUCACCAACGACGACGACCUUGGUCCCGUGAUACUUAGUAUCAAGCAGGAAACGUUGAACAGUCGGGAUCAGUUCAGAAUUCUCGUCAGGGCAAUCAGUUACACCGUACACGGGCUGAUUCCAGCGAGUUGUGUGUUCGCUGACAGGUACAAUCGAGAGGAAGUGGUGCGUAGUUUAGGCAAAGAGGUGAAUGUGAAUCCACCGUUAACGUUGGGCCAAUUACCUGACACCCAGGACGAGCUUCUGAAGCUGGAUCAGGUGUUCAUAAAAUCGGAGCUGAAAGUCGGGGUUCUUUACGUACAGGAGAACCAGUGCACGGAGGAGGAGAUAUUGGAUAACCACGAGAAUUCGCCACUGUUCGACGAGUUCCUGCAGAUCCUCGGCGAUAAAAUUCGUCUGAAGGGUUUCGACAAGUACAAGGGUGGAUUGGAUACGAUUCACGAUCUGACCGGAUUGUACUCGGUCUACACCAAUUGGCGAGGGAUCGAGAUCAUGUACCACGUGUCCACGUUUCUCCCGAAUGAGAAACACGACGUGCAGAGGGUGCAAAAGAAGCGACACAUAGGAAACGAUAUAGUGUGCGUCGUGUUCUUGGAGGCUGACAAAACGUCGUUCAAUCCAGCUUGUAUGAAGUCGCAUUUCCUCUACACGUUUAUUCUGGUUCGAGUCAGUCCACGGAUAAAAAGGAAGGUUACCAGAUACGAAGUAUCCGUCGCUACGAGGGACGAAGUUGGGGCGUACAAACCUUAUCUUUGGGAACAAAAUGUGUUUAAAAAGGGUCCCAUGUUUCGUGAGUGGUUAUUGACAAAAAUUGUCAACGGGGAGAGAGCGAGUUAUUCCGCGCCAAAAUUCGCAAAGAUGCAAGAGAGAACAAGGACUCAAAUGUUGGAAGACAUUGUAGCUAACUUGGCCAAUCACGCAGAAACUGGCCAAAUUCCAAAGCCGUACAGGCGCGGUUCGUGGAGACCAAUAGGACACAUGAGACCGUCUUCGCCUCUUUUGGAUUCCGUCAGGGAUCAAUUCGAGGAUCCAGACCAGCUUGCCAAGGAUUUCACUAAGGUGUUCUUGAACGAUCAAGAGAAUGCCACGUUAAAUACGAAUCUGUUCGAUAUUUCGUUCUUGGUGCAUGGUCCACAGAAGCAGAAAGUUCGAUUCUUUGGUGUUAGAGCGAUUUUGGCAGUCAGAAGCAGAGUCUUCCAAGAAAUGUUGUACGGAAUUCAAGCCGGUUUCGGAAGUCCACAAGUACCGGUUGCCGAAUUACUUGCCAGGCCAGUGCCCACAUUAUUCAGUCCACAGAAACCAAGAAGUUCAAACUUUCUUCAAGUUCCUGACGUGGAAAGUCCAAGACCUAAAAGCGUGCCCUCGUCACCGAUGAUGAAGCGGGCGUUCUCGAGGCUCGGCACGAUCACUGCAGGCUGGGGAAGGAGCAUCAAAAAACACGGGAGCGGAAACACUUUGCAAACCGAGGAUCGUAAACGUUGGGCCAGUUCACAGGAUUGUAGCAAUAAAGAGGCGAAGGAAAAGGAGAAAGCUGCACAACAAUUAGCGGUGCCAAGGCUAAGUGUUUGCGCAGAUGCGCAAAAGGUUGACAGGGCGAAAUUGGCACAGACAGAGGUAAAUUUGAUAAACAUUAAUAAAUUAAAUGUUGGUGAAUCUGUUACUUAGACGCUAUCUCAAUCA